UUUGGCUCCAGCUUGGCCGCUUCGACUGAGCGGCCGCUUGGCUUGGUAGCCGCCAUGCGACGCGUGCUGGCGCCUGCCCAUCGCGCUUGGCAACGGCGCCUGGGCGUGGUCUCCACGCGCGCCUGUGCCUCCGACGCGCGGCGGGUGUGGCGCUGGGGAGCUACAGAGGGAGGGCUCCUGGCACAGGUGGAAGCACCCGAGACCUCCACCGAGCCUACGCUGAUGAGCAGCGGCCGGGCGCUUCGAACUGGUUCUUUGGAAUCCUCCAGCUCUGAUGUGGCGGCACUAUGCUUGCAGAUUGAGGACGUGAAGGGUGUGAGCUCCGCGGCCUGCGGAUCCAAUCAUUCAGCCUUCGUCCGCCAGGGCCGUGUCUACACCUAUGGCUCCAAUAAGAGCAACCAGCUGGGUCGCGAUGAUGACCCCAAUGCUCCCGGAUUAGUGGAGGGCCUCGAGAAUGUUCGCCAGGUCGCCUUGGGCGCUUUCCAUUCGGCCUGCGUUCUGGAAGAUGGCUCUCUCUAUACCUGGGGUUGGGGCGGCGGCUUCUUCCAUGGCGUGGGUGCAUUGGGUUUGGGCGAUCAGGACACACGGACGUCGCCCAGCUGCGUGGAGCUCUUUCGAAAGGAAGGGAUGAAGAUCAAGAUGGUGACCUGUGGUGCGCAGCACACGGUGGUCUUGACAGAGGACGGCCACCUCUAUGCCACUGGAAAAGGGGACUUCGGUCGCCUUGGGCGGGGCGAUACCAGCGACGAGGUGGACUUCCACGUCAUCGACUAUUUCGAUCACACGGAUGACUCCAUCCUGAAACCAGGUGAACCGGCGCGGAUCUGCAAGAUCGGCGCCGGCGAGAACUUCACUGCGGCCAUGUCCGAACAGGGGGAACUCUGGGUCUGGGGCCGAAAUGACUACGGCCAGCUGGGACUUGGAGAAGAGGCGAUGGGAGACAUGUACUCUGCUGAGCGCUUCCCACGCAUGGUGCGGUCACUGCCGCAGGAAGGCGUGGAAGUGGUGGACUUUGCCUGCGGCGAGCACCACGUGAUCGCCCUCUCGGCAGAGGGCCACUUGUACGAAUGGGGCGACCGAAGUUGGCUGGAGCCGCAUCGUGUCCUGCCGCCGCAAGUCGAAGAUGAGG